GAAAAUUUGGACACACUCGUUAAAACUGCCUCUGAAUAGACCGAACAACUUUGGUCUGGAUACAGACACGUGUAACGCUUUCAACGCGUCCGUUCUCCAGUUGGUGAGUUGGCCAAGAGGAGUUGUUUUUUUCCUCCUACCCUUUCGUCUUUCUCCCCUCACUCAACUAAACUCAAUUCAUCACAGAAAAGUGGUUGAGAUUAGGCUCAUCUCCCUUCUUAUAAACCCUAACCCUUUCAACUAUUUUAACAUUCUCAACGAUGUCUCUCUCCUUCUUCGACUCCAUACUCCGCCCUCUCACCUCUCGCUGGCCCUUGCUACUCUACGCUGCGGCAUGGACCGCGCUCCUAUCCGCCACGGUUGCAGUUGCUUCCUUCUUGCCGGAGGCUGCCUUUGUAUGGGCGAUAUCUCCGUCUUCUUCCUUCUCCAGAGCAUGCGACGCAGAAGGGUUCAUUAGGGUUCCGAUGGACCUUCCGGGGGAGGUUCUGUGUUUGCCGGCUCAUUUGUUUGCCAAGUUUAGCAUGGAUUUAUUGGUGCCUCCAGUUUUUGCGGCUGUUGUUGUGGCUGGUUCUGCAUGUUUGGUUCGAGCCAUGGGCUUGUGGGAGGACGACUUGCCUCGUUGAGUCCGCCCCAGAUUCAGAUGCGAAAAUCCUUUGCAUGUGUCUGGUUAAAACCAGGUGUAGUGCUCUGCGUUGGAACCGACGGUGUAUUUGAGUCUAUCACCGUUCUGAUUUGUAAGCAGAGUUUAUUCUAAAAUGAUUUUUUUUUCAAAGAAAAAAAAAAGGAAGGUGGGAGUCGGGAGGGCUUUCAAUUUUGUGGACAACGGCUUCGUCUGGAAAAGAACCAUAAAAGAUAAUGAUUUGGUAGAGGCCCGUUUGGCUUCAAUUAUAACCGUUUUUGUUUGCCUUUGACAAA